AUUAUUAAUAAAUUUGUAAGUCUAUAAGCGACCUUAUUUUGAUGUCGAGUUGUUAAAAAAACUGAAAGAACGGCAGAUCGAGCAGCUGACGUAUGUAUUGGAGACAUGGAAAAUGUUAAAAGGUAGAAUUACUAGAGGUUAUCCAGAAUCCUAGUCUGAUUAUAAAUAUUUCUACAAUGGAGGACCUCUUAACACAGCUGAUGAAGGAUGCUUCAUCUCAGAAGCAUGCAGGAAUCAGGAAGGCUUCUCAGGCAGCCCUUGAUUUACUGGAUAAUCCUACUCUAAUUACUCAGACCCCUGCAUAUAUACUGCGAGAAAAGUGCUUAGAACCAUUGCAACUGGCAUUAGAGUCUAAAACGAAGAAAUUGGCAACAUAUGCUAUUGGGGGAAUACAGCAAAUCCUAAAGGAUGAGAAGUUCCAGUCGAGUAUGGAAAGUGACAAGGAGGAACACUGGAUGCCUAUCCAGAUCCUCAACACUGUGUUCAGUACACCCUCCCUACCAGAGGACACACAGGUGGAAAUCAUGAAGUUACUUCUGAAGAUGACAUUUUCCACGGCUUGGUGUAUGAAUGCAGGAGUAAUUACUAAAGUUUCUCAGACCAAGGAUAAAAACGAUGUGCUUGCCGACUUCAUGGCUAAAGAUACACCAAGUUAUGAAAGUCUGUUUAAGGACGUGGUGGCCAUUCUCAAGUUCUUCACAGCAAAGCUGGAACAGGCACCCAGCUCUAACCAGACUCGCCAGUCCAUACCACUCCUCCUGGAGGGGGUCUAUACUGUCAUCUCCAACUCCCCAGUCUCCAUCAGGGAAUACAAGUCUUUCCAGGAAGUUCUGUGGAAGUUCCUGUGUCCAUGCCUGAUUUCUCUCCUGGGGACGCCCAAGUCUGAGAGGAGUGCUAUCAUCCCUAAAUCCCUGGAGGAUGUAGGGAGAGGCUCGGGUUGUUCUUUAACCGCCCCUAACCUCCAGGUGUCCACCGCUAAGACUAUCUAUAGUAUUGCGGUACGCCUGGUGGACCUGAUGGGGCCCGUGACAUCACUACGACCAGUACUAGAGUCCUUGUUCCACCGAAUGUUAUUGUACCCACCGCCCCAGCACAGACUGGAUGCACUGAAGGCUGUUAAAGAGUUGCUGAAGACCCCUGAAGGGCUGUACAAGUUAGCCUGCCCCAUGUUUGAUUUGGAAUCACAAGAUGGAGAUAUGAAAACUGGGACAAAAAAUCCAAACUCAGAUAUUGCUCUGCUCAAGUUGAUUGUGGAUGCACUCCAGGAGAGUUGUCACUGUAACGACUCUGCAGUGUGUAUCACUAGUGUUACCUGUGUGGACGUGUUGCUAGGUGCACUAGAACAGGUGUGUAGGGGAGCAGGAAUGACGGACAAAGUCUGCAAGUCCAUCUCCAAAUACCAUGCCACUCUGGAGAGAGAAUUUUCCAGGUCAAGCAGUGUGACGAUGUCAGAGUGUGAUGUCAGAGAGUAUAGUAACAGGAGCAGUGUUUCUGAGCCUCGUGUAGAGGCAAGUGACGGUGACGACACAGAUACUGAUGCUGACGACACUUGUACAGAGGGCUCUGCUGAUGUGUUUGUUGCAGACGGUACUAAUUCAAACCCAAUACCGCUACACAAACUUAACACUCACCCUAACAGAAAGGAAAGCCAGAGUCUCAUUAAAGAUGAACUGCAGCGUCGUUACAAAACACUGGGCAGUGAGUACGAGAUGGUGGAGAGACAAAACGCGAGACUGUUUAUCACAGAGCUUAGUCGGACACUCCCCCACAUCGCCAAAAUGUACUCAGUGAAUGAAGUGGAUGAAGCUCUCCAGAACUUUUCUUCUAACUUUUGUACAGCUUUAUAUGACCAGCAGUACAAGUCCUCUGAAGAAACUUUGUCGUCGUCAUCGUCCUGUCAGAUGGCCAUACUAAACGCUGAUGGUGUGUAUGUAGCUACUAUUACUGCACUUCUACUUAACCUCAAACUCGAUGUCAAUGGUGUCUACAGCACAGCAGAGGGCGCCACCAGUCCUCUGUCAGAGAAGCAGUAUGUUGAUGAGGUCCUGGGUACCGGUCUGUUGCUGUUCCUGUCACCAGCUUGGCUUAGUGAGGUGUACAGACAAAUCACAACCACCAACAUACUACAGGCCGCAGGCUGUCACAGUGAUAGUGACUCUCCCCUACUACAGAUCCUUAAAGAUGUAGACGGCCUUGGGAGUAACAGUCAGGGUGGCCAGCUCCUGAGUGGUAUGUGUACAGAUGAGGAGGUGUUGGAGUUGGACCAGGACCCACCUGAUAACCAGCUGUAUGCUGACAUGGGUAAGAGAUUCUCUAAGCGUGUGCUGUCCCGUUGUUGGGAAGGAGUCUUAGAUGUACUUUCUGUCCUCCUGAAUGGGAAGAGUUCCUGUGGAAUUACCAGCAGCCUGGGACUGAUGUUGGGUACAGAAGGAGCCAAGGAGGAAAGUUUACGUGCCCGUGAGGCCAUAUGUAUGAGUCUGGAUGGACUACAGAAGGCCGCUCGACUAUGCUGUGCUUUAGGUCUGCAGCAGCGCUGUGGUAGAGUGUUUUCCCAGUUGGCCAGUACCUCUUGUGUACUGAUAGACACCCAGAAGUCGCCCAGUGUUGACCCCAAGUCGUCCACCAAGCCUAUGAUGUCCAGUAAGAUCAAGCCUGUACGUCUCCAUGCGUCUCACAUACUCAGUAUGGAUGUAGUGAUGACUAACGGGCUGGAGAUGGGUAGCCACUCCGCAGACUGCUGGAAACAUGUCUUCAGGUGUUCUGCAUUUAUAUCCAAGUUGGAGCACACUUACUUCAGCAGUGGAAACAACCAGUCUAGUCUACCCAAAGUCCAGCAGGAACAAUCGGUGGGGCCGGAGAAUCCUGAUGAAUGUGACAUGCCCAUCUAUACCAUUCCUGUGGCUGCUCCGGUACCUGUAGCCCCCCGGAUCAACAUACCAGACCUUAUCCGACAGAGCAGUAAAGAAUCAGGUUGGGACCGCUCACUGACGGGAGGAGGGGUGCUUAAUGCUGCCCAGGCCUCCCAGGCCCUGUGUUGUCUGUCACAGGAGGUGGACAGGUUGUUUGAAGAUGCUGCUCAGAAGCUGAACCUGUGUGCCAUAGUGAAUUUCCUGUCAGAACUCUGUGAAUCCAGUCAACAUCAACUCAACAAGAUGGUAAAGCUUCUAGAUGAUGAAGACUCCCUAUCAGACUCACAUCAGCUUCCCACAAAUGCUUUACAUCUAUACAGACUACAGGAGGUACUGAUGAAGAUUGUCCAUAGUGACCGUCCUCUGGUCCACUUGAUGAGGACGUGGAGCACAGUAUCUACACACUUAGUUGAGGCUGCUGGUCACCAUGACAGGAGUGUGUCCAAGAUGGCUGUCACUUGUGUGCAUGACUUUAUCCUGGCCAUGCUGGGUGACCGACCAGAGCUGGCACACUUCCAUGUUAAUGAGCUGCUGUGUAAGACAUUCGAGAACAUGUUAUGUCUGGAGUUGUGUGACGGGGACGUACAAGAUCAGAUUGUAUGUUCCAUCUGUGAGCUGGUGGAGGCAUGUACGGCAGACAUCAGGUCCGGAUGGAGACCACUGUUUGGAGCUCUGCGAGCUGUGAAGAUCGAAUAUACCACUAAUGAAGAAAUCAAUGAAGCACGACAGCGACAUGUGGCGGCCGUCCUUGACGUGUUUGAGGUGUAUCUGGGCACAGACAACAUCCUUGUAUUUGCUAAUGCAACUGUAGACUGCAUCUUGUGUUUACUCAAGUAUAUACGGGGUCCAGGAGAGUUUGAGGAUGGUAGUGACGAUGACUCGGACUCUGGGAGUGACUGUGGUAUGUUAUCAACAGACAAUGAAAACCUCUGUAUACCUGCUCUCCGCUACCUGAAACGCUGCUGUGAAAUACUACAAACCAUGUGGAAGAUGCCAGCAUGUCCAGUCUUCAAUGGGGCAUUCAGAAUCCAUACAGAUUCAUCACAACAGAUAGUUGACCCAGUUCUACCUCACAUGGACAUGGAUGAGUUUACCAGACAUUUCAAUACUCCAACUCAGACAGCAAUCCCUAAUGGGGACUUCCGACCCCAUGUCGCCGGGGACAAUACAGGGACGUCCCACUUGUCCACACAGAAAUCCCUAGAUGAGGAGGAAAAGACUUAUGACAGUGGUAGCAUUACGUCAAAUGAUUCCGGGGAUAACUGUAGUUCCUGGAGAAAAGCUAGUUAAUUCUGUGUCAAGUCUCCAAAGUAAGCCCAAAGAUAAGACAGAUAAUUUGGUGACAAAGGAGCCAUCAGUUCACGAGGAGGAUACACUGGAAUCAAUGGACAACCAGUCAG